UUUAAAUUUUACAGAUACUUAGUACUUGGCAAAGCAUGCUACCACUUAGGCCUAAUGGAAGACGCAAUGAUUCUCCUCCAAACCGGCAAGCGCCUAGCUACGGCCGCCUUCCGCCGCGAAAGCAUCUGCUGGUCUGACGACAGCUUCUCCCUCUCCCUCUCCACCGCCGCCGCAGCACCACCGUCCACCCCUCUCACCGAAUCGGAGUCCAUAACCCAGCUCCUGUCCCACAUCAAGCUCCUCCUCCGUCGUCGGGCCGCAGCACUGGCCGCCCUUGACGCCGGGGUCCACACGGAGGCCAUCCGCCACUUCUCGAAGAUCAUCGAGUCUCGGCGCGGUGUGACGCCACAGGGCUUCCUCUCGCAGUGCUACGCGCAUCGUGCCUCCGCCCAGUGGCACGCAUGGCGAAUAGCGGACGCAAUCGCGGACUGUAACCGCGCGCUGGCGCUGGAAGCGACGAGCAUCGAAGCACUCCACACACGCGCGUCGGUGCUUGAAAUGAUUAAGUGUCUUCCUGAUUCUCUGCAUGACCUUGAACACCUAAAGCUUCUCUACAACUCCAUUCUUCGUGACUGCAAGCUGCCUGGACCCGCCUGGAAGCACCACAAUGUUAGGUACGUAGAGAUCCCGGGGAGGCUCUGCACUCUGAGCACCAAGAUCAAAGAACUCAAGCAGAGAGUGGCAAAUGGCGAAACAGGGAACAACGUUGAUUACUACGCUUUGAUUGGUUUGAGGCGUGGGUGUUCUCGGUCGGAGCUUCAGAGGGCACAUCUUUUGCUCUGUUUGAAGCAUAAGCAUGAGAAGGCUCUGAGUUUCAUUGAUCGCUGUGAGCUUGCGGACCAACGAGACAUUGAAGAUGUUAAGAAAAGGGCCAAGAUGUCUGCAACGUUAUUGUACAGGUUGAUUCAGAAGGGUUAUGCUGAAAUUAUGACGAAUAUCACAAAAGAGGAAGCUUUGAAAGAACAGAGGAAGAGGGCUUUACAUGAUGAUAAUAGUAAUGAAGAUAGUAGUGAGAAUGUGUUGUUUUGUUCAUCUGCUUCGACUACAAAUCCUUCGUUGCUUCAAGGAAUGUUUUGUAGGGACCUAUCUAUGGUUGGGAACUUGCUUUCUCAAUCUGGGUUUAACCCUUCCAUUCCCAUGAAGUAUGAGGCUUUGAGUUGCUAGCUAGUUCAAUUAUGGUUCGCACCAAAAGAUUAAAAAUGGGAAAAAUUGCAGAAAGAAUAUCUGAUUUCAGUAACUUAACUAUCUUAUACAAAAGGGAUGAUAAAUUUGAAGAGUA